AUGUCUUCUGCUCGCGACAUCACCCCCAGCGCCCCAAUCCCCCAGAGAACUGUCGUCUCUAGCUGGGGCCAGAACCUCUCAACUUCGCCCAUUGCCACCUUCCAGUCACCUCCAGCCAGCCUUGGUGGGAUGCUGCCUCGCAAGAGUGUACCGAAGAUUCUGAAGCCCUUCAACACCCAAGACAUCAAGAUCCUGUUGUUGGAGAAUGUCAACCAGACCGGACGGGACAUUCUCACGGGCCAGGGCUAUCAGGUCGAAGCUCUGAAGACUUCACUUCCCGAGGAUCAGCUCAUUGAGAAAAUCCGCGAGGUCCAUGUUAUCGGUAUCCGCUCCAAGACAAAGUUGAGCGAGAAGGUUUUGAGCGAGGCCAAGAACCUGCUCGUCAUCGGAUGCUUCUGUAUCGGAACCAACCAGGUCGACCUCAAUUAUGCUGCUCGCCGUGGUAUUGCCGUCUUCAACUCUCCAUUCGCAAACUCUCGCAGUGUUGCGGAACUAGUCAUUGCCGAAAUCAUCACCCUGGCCCGACAGCUCGGCGAUCGAUCCAUCGAAAUGCACCGCGGCACCUGGAACAAAGUCAGCGCAAAGUGCUGGGAGAUUCGUGGAAAGACUCUAGGAAUUGUCGGCUAUGGACACAUCGGCUCUCAACUGUCCGUUCUUGCGGAGGCUAUGGGAAUGAAUGUCAUCUACUAUGACGUAGUGACUCUGAUGGCACUGGGAACCGCUCGCCAGGUGCCUUCAUUGGACAGCCUCUUGGAGGAGGCCGACUUCGUAACUCUCCACGUACCGGAUCUCCCUGAAACAAGAAAUUUGAUUUCGACCGCUCAGUUGGACCGCAUGAAGCUGGGAUCUUAUCUCAUCAACGCCAGCCGUGGAACCGUUGUCGAUAUCCCUGCCUUGGUCAAGGCCAUGCGCUCAGGGCACAUCGCGGGUGCUGCUCUUGAUGUUUACCCCAACGAGCCGGCCGGCAACGGCGAUUAUUUCACAAACAACUUGAACCAAUGGGCUGAGGACCUCCGCAGCUUGAGCAACCUCAUUCUCACCCCCCAUAUCGGUGGAAGCACAGAAGAGGCACAGCGUGCCAUUGGUGUCGAGGUUGCUGAGGCAUUGGUCCGCUACAUCAACCAGGGCAUCACUCUGGGAAGUGUCAACCUUCCCGAGGCUCAGCUGAGAUCCCUUACAUUGGACGAGCCAGACCACGCCCGAGUCAUCUACAUCCAUCGCAAUGUUCCCGGCGUGCUCCGCAAAGUCAACGAGAUUCUCGGCGACCACAAUGUCGAUAAGCAGAUCAGCGACAGCAGGGGAGAUCUGGCAUAUCUGAUGGCCGAUAUCAGCAACGUGAAAUAUGAGGAGAUCAAGGAUAUCUAUGAGAGCCUGGAGGGUCUGAGCUCAUGCAUCGUGACAAGAGUUCUCUACUAG